ACCACUAAACAUACUAAUUAGCAAACUCGACUAAAAAUCAUUGUCAAUAUAUCAAAAUGUCUUGCUGUAAUGGAAAGUGUGGUUGUGGAUCAAGCUGCUCUUGUGGCAGCAGUUGCAAAGGAUGCGGAAUGUAUCCUGACAUCGAGACCUCGAACUCUGUCAACAACGUGAUUGUUGACGGUGUUGCACCAAAGAAGAUGUAUGAUGAUGGAAGUGAGGGAAGCUUUGUAGCUGAGGGUGGACAAACAUGCAAGUGUGGGGCAAACUGCAAGUGUGAUCCUUGCAAUUGUUAAUUAAUUAAAAGAGUGAAGAUAUGAUGAUGAUAGUCUAAAUAAAUCAACUUAUAUAUCUUCCUAUCUUUUAAUAUGUGUCUUUAAAUAUGUCUCUCCAUGUUUUCUAGCUAGUGUUCAAGUGAACAAUAAAAAGAAUCUCUAUCCCUACUCAGGGAUUGUUGGUUGUGUGUUUAUGAUGUGAGUGGACUAUGGAGUAUUUGAAUGGAAGCUUUGAUGUGAUUAUGUUAAACAUUAA